CUAAUAAUAAAAUAGUAAAAAAGAGACCAUUUUUUUUUCAUAUUUUAUAAAAUGUAUUUUCCUGCAUUGCAAAAUGAAAUAAUAUAAAGACGUUAUGCACAGCUAUUAUGUGUUGUGGUGGUUUAGAGUUUAGACAAGUAAAAAUCAAUUUUGAGUUAUAAAGUGAGGGUCCAUUUCACUUCCCCAUUCUGGCUGAUAAUGACAAUGGGUUAUUUUUUUAUUUUCAGUAUUUCAGUGAAGAAUGUUAUGCCUGCCUAUAAUGUUGGAGGGACGUUUAAUAAGUCUUUACCCUUAUGUGAAGGGAAUGGUGUACUACAAUGAAAUUUGUAAAGUUGUGUGAUUUUUAUCUUUCUAUAAUGCUGCAACUCAUUUUCAAUUGUUUUGAGAAUACCUGUAGCUGUAAGAUGUCCUAUAUUGAUUUGGGAACCAGUAGCCUCAUAUUUUGUGUUUUUGCUUCACAGGCACUUCUGUGGCAUGAUCUGUAAACUCUCAGAGUUGAUUGCCAAAUGAAAGGGACUAUACUCUCUGUUAAUCAGAAAAGAAGUAUGUUUGGGUUUCAUUGUGAAUGAGGCAAGGAACAGUCAGGGAUGAAUCAAGUUUAAGUGAUCACAAGUAAUUUUCAAAAGAUUUAACAAAAGAAUUAUGAGAUAAUUGUAAGACUUUCAGAAUGUCGAAUCAAGUUGCAAUGGAGGACCUCAUUUUGGCGACUUGGUUUGCUAGACUAAUGUAAUUGGCAGUCCACAUGCUAUUUGUUGUAUAUACAAGUGAGGGAAAAAAAAGGUCGAAUUUUUGUUAAGAUGGCUGAUCAGGACAUGGUAAUGCAAAUCAAGCUAGAAAUUGACUACAAUGAUUUCGAGGAGGAAGAGGGUGGGGGCAAUACCCAGUACAUCACACCUGUGGAUGAACGCUAUGGACAGGAUGUGAAGCCGGUAGCAAAAGGCAAUUCUACCGAGGAAGAACCUGGUGUCAGCUUACAUAGCUUAAGUGAUGAAGUGGCUGGCCAUAGUUUCGAUAUCAUGCAGAAUAUACUUGGUGCUACAGAUUGUGUGAAAUCAAACUCUGAUAGAACAGAGAAAUUGACUGAGGGGUCAAGUGAUAGUUUGGCUGAUGUGGGGGGAGCUAGAGUGGAGUAUGGUACCAGUGGGGGCAGCUUGAAGUUCCCAGUCACUUCAGAGUACCAGAGAUUUAUGGAGGAGUACUCCCGCAUCACAAGUGUACAUGAAGGAGACACAGAGACAGGAUCAGGUAUCAACUCUUUGUCCCCCUCGAAAAACUCAGUUUACCCUUUCGGGGCCAGUGAAACAACGGGGAGCUGGGGACUACCAGAACUGACAAGGACCACCUCUGAUCUUGGCAGUGACCUGGAGUCCAGUAUCUCUCAGCUUAGCCGGUCGUCCAUUAUAGCUAGUGCUUUGUCCGGCGGUCAGUUCAGGUGUGAUGUUUGCUCAGAGGGAUUUUCUCUCCUGAGCCAGUUACAAAUGCACCGAAUGACCCAUGCGUCUGGCUCGCUCAACUUUAGUGAGGAGAAACCCGUGGUCAAGGAGAAAAAGUACCAGUGCGACGAGUGUGAUUCGAGCUUUGCUGGUCUAGGGAACCUCAAGAUACACAAACGAGUGCACACGGGAGAAAAGCCUUAUGCUUGUACUGAAUGUGACGCAAAGUUUGCUCGCGGGCAUGACCUUAACCGACACGCCAAAAUACACACCGGGGAGAGGCCGCACAUAUGUGAUAUUUGCCAUGCGCAGUUCUCAGAUACCCGCUAUUUGAAACUGCACCUCCGCACUCACUCUGGUGAACGACCGUUUCAGUGCGACGUCUGCCAGCAACGUUUCACACAGGUGAGCAGCCUGAAAGUGCACAAAAGAAAGCACACUGGGGAACGACCAUACGAGUGUGAGUUCUGCGGCACGUCCUUCAUCCAGUUGCAAGACGUUAUCCGACACAGACGGACGCAUACUGGAGAGCGGCCUUUCAAGUGCGAUGUGUGCGAUGCCAGCUUCAUCGAAGGGGGACACCUUAAACGCCACAAGCGGCGGCACACGGGCGAGAAACCUUACAAAUGUGAGCUCUGCGACAAACGUUUCGCCCAUGCCAGCAGCCUCAAGUAUCACUACGGCACGCACCCGGCAUCUGAGCUCAGCUUGUUAGGCGACGUGGCUGGGAUCGGGGGAGCUCGUUCACCGGCUGAGGUCGUCAGGGCCAAAAAGAGAGGGAGGAAAGCUCGUUUGGCAAAAGCUGCUGAGGAGAAAAUGGCUGACUCGUGAAGAUUGGGAAUCUCGAUGGUUUAAUAACACUACAUUUUUUGUUUGUUUUAAAAUCAGAUAAAAUUGCCAUCUUUUGACCUUUUCUUGUGGAGUACAGUUAGAGUUGUCUAAGACAGCCACCCAUUGUUGUGCAGAAAAGUGGUUGUCUUUGAAAGGUGGAGGUCUUACACAGUGUUGUUGCAUUGUAAGAAAAAGAUGCAAGGGAGGAAAUUGGUAGUGGCUAUUUGUAUAGGUGAUUGUCUUAUAUAUGUGGUAGUUAGAGCAGGUUCAAUUAUAUCGUGUGUUUAGGGUAACAUUUUGGCUGGCUCCAAUUGUAUUCGACUCUGUUUGAUGACACUUUGUGUGUACGUUUAGAAUUGGUUGGACUAAACAGUGCACACCACAGUGCAGUCUUUGUUUGUCCCCUGCAUUUAGUUAUAAGUUUUGGUGAGUUGCUGCCCUUUUCAUGGGAUCUGGUUUGGAAAGAAAAUGAUAUUAUAGUAUUUAUAGACAAUGUUUCCCUUGACUUAAAAUGAGUUUCUGUCCAGCCUUGACAAAGCAAGUAGUUUGUGUAUAAUAUUUCCCUCUGGGACAAUAACGUAUCUUAUCUAAUAUUAUUAGGGGUCAAAACCAUUGUGUAAGAGAGCCAUAGAAAAAACCACAAGAAAAGGUCAUCGUUAUAUUUUCGUGCUUGUGGUAAGUAAUGCCAGUUUAGCUAUUUUUUUGUGAUACGAUGAGUAAAUGGUUCAGAAAAUAAGUGUAUUUCAACUGUUGUGUCAUUUUGAGGUACAGCACAUAGAUUUAUUUUUUGGUGUGGAGAUGUUUUUAUUUUUCAUUUAUAAUACUGUUUGCGGGCUGUUUUGAAAAUAUCUACAAUUACUCUGUGAUUCUUGUGAGAUUUUAUUUGAGACUUUUUAAAAAUGGAAGAUAUAAUUGAUAAAAAUUGUUGCUUGGGCUGUGUAGAGAUUUAUAUAUUCUAUUUCUGCUCUUUGUCAUGGAUAUAGUCCAGUAUUCAGAAUAGGUCUUGUUAGCCUCUGAAAGAUGUUACUCCAUUUUAUUUGUUGCAUUGCUUUUAGUAUUUUUCCUCACUUAUAGUCAUAGGUUUUUCUCUCUUUCUUGCCAAUGCCUGUUCAAUGAAAGCUGCUAUUUGUUAUCUGAUUUAGGGGAUUGGAAAAGAAUAUUAUGUUCGUUUAUGUUGCUGCUGCUGCUGUUGUUGUUGUUUCGAUAUUUAGGGAUGAGAAUUAGUAACGGCUUGUAGUUGUAACCAAGAACAUUGAAAAGGAGUGUAGAAUAUUGUUGCAGGUUGUCAUUGUUGUGAGGAAAAAGAGCAGAUCCAAUGUAUUUUACUUUCAUUCUAAAGCAAGGUCAAACAAAGUGACUCCUUUUUCUUGAGACAGAUGUGAUAUAGAUGUUGACAUUAUGAGCGUUAACCAUGAUGUGUGUUCAUACCCUGGUUGGAGUCUGACUAGAAGUUUAUGGGCUAAUGUUUAUCGAGACUUUACUCAAAGAGAAGAAUCUGGUUCUUUCAAUCCCUGUUUGCUGAUGUUGUCUCUUGUCUGAAGCAGUCACUUUUGUACUACAAGGAAGCGCUGCCAUCAAGGUGCCUCUAUAAAUAAAUCAUUGAUGGUCGGUCGGAAGCGCUGCCAAUUGUCCUGACUGCCUAUUUGUACGUCUUAUUGGCCAUAGCAGAAGACGCAAGUCUUCUUAACCCCUAUUUCUUCUAUUUCACUAAGAAAUGGCAUUCUCUGCAGAAGCAUUUGUCAUUGCCAGACAUUAAUCAGUGAACUAUUAUUAUUAUAUUAUUAAUGUUAUUACACCUUUACAAUUAGAAGCCAGCUUCUCUUACACAUUUAGUGAUUUUCUGUAGCUUGUCGACCAAGGUGGGUAAUUUUUAACUGAUUCAGCCCUCAUUGUCACUUACGGCGGUUAACUGUCUACUCUGUUUUGAAGCAGAGCCGCUCAGAGUGGCUCUUCUUAUCUAUUGCUCCCUUUUUUCACAUCACUUUCCUCUUUUCUAUUUUCCUUACCACUUAUAUUUCAACCCGUUUUUACUGGUGUCAUUGAAGAGUAUUUUUUAUUCUAAAUAUUUCUUAAUGCCACACAAAGGAUUUUUAACAAAUAUUAAUUGCUUUAUUAACUUUUUGUGAGACCACCUGUGAGGUCAUAAAGCGGGCAUCGGGAGUCAAAAUUAUUUGCGGGCUGAAUCAGAUAAUGGAGAGAUUCAAAGCACUCUAAGGUUACUGCCCAUCCAUAAAAUGUUCAGCCAUUGUUCUUUCAGCUGCUUUUUGGAAUUUGUGUUGUUAUGUUGAUGCAGGGAG